AAUGAAUCGUUAAAAGUAGGUACAGUUACAACUCCCCAAGUGUUGCGCCACACAGAAACACAUCGAAGAACAUUUUUUCUGUUUCCGAGGUAGGACUCCAGAAUAUCCUGCUCUUCCACCUUUUUUCCUGGAUCCUUGCAGAACUUAGAAGCUGGGAACAGUUCUGGAACCACGGCAUGCCUCUUCAACGACGAUAGAGCACAGUCCAUGACGGCGACGAGCAACACAAAAUCGUGAGAUAUGUUUCAAACUUUCAGCGGCAGUUCUCGUCGUCCUCGGCAGGUCAAUCUCUCUGGCCAAAAUGUAAAUCCGUUUGCUGCAAGCGGCUUCGGCCCUUCAGGCUCUGGCACUCAGCAGACUGUGGCACAUGCCCAGCAAGAACGGCAGCAACGACAGCGAGAACGAGAACGGCUGAAUGCCUCAAAGAAGAUACAGCGGGUUUGGAGGGGCCACAAGGUACGAAGAGAGCUGGCAGAGUCUCAACGACUAUCAUGGGAUAGCAUACAAACCGAGAGAGUGGCGGAUCGUUCGGUUUCUGUUGAGCAAAUCAGGCUCUUAGUAGCUUUCUCCAGCUCGAGAAGAAGAGACGACCUCGAAAGAUUGUCGAGUCUAAGCACCAGACUAUCCAACCUUGGCUUCGAAACAGUCCUCGCUCGUGAAGAUGUUCAACCUCUACUCCCUCAACUAGCCCAUGUUACCGUGGGAGCAUUGCAAACCUCUCUGCCCCAGUGCCCAUCUACCCUCCUUCAACUUCUCGUGUCGAUUGUCAAUCAACAGCAGAACCUGUUCCCUCAUAUAUCAAGAAGCUAUUACACAUACCUAUCGGCCCUUCUUACAGAUGGUCAAGCUUCACAAAUCGAUCCUAGUCUGUUUCUCACUGCUGUCAGAAUUCCUUUAGUGGAGCACUCCGAGCAGGGCAGAACUAGCAACGUCUCUAUUCAAGCGUAUGAGGCCUUUGCUCUUUAUUUCUUGACGACGCCCAACAUAGCCAAUCAAGGCGGACUUCUUGAUGGGCUCGCUUCAGUCGUGGAUGUGUCUCUUGUGUCGAGUGCUCUUCUGUCAUCGGCUCUAGCACGAGAUGCAGCGUCAAACGUUGUGGACCAUAUCGGCGCCGAUCGAAAGCUAUGGCUGCUCGCUCACUUCAUUUCGUUGAAUCGUCUUCAACAACGUAGCAGUCAGGAACCUGAAUAUUUGAGGGCUUUAUCUUUACAACUCUCGAGCUCUUCCGGCGAUAUUCUGAGCCGUAUUGAUGUACAAGACCCUGAAGUUCUGCGUGAAAUCACUGAACGUGAGGACGGAGACACGAUUCCUCCCAUACCACUUCCUACGUUCGUGAAGGAUGAACUCCUGUCGUUGGUUAAUCAGUCAAGCAUCACAGGCUUGCUAGCUAAGUUCAACAUAGAUUACGCCAAGGCCUCGACUGCAGGAGAAGAGGAUGCCAGCUUACUUGCGAGCUAUGCGCUGACCCUUCUUAGAAUCUUCCCCCGCCGUGGGGAUGAGAUUCGAAUGUGGCUCUACCUCGGAUCAAUGACUGAACCUAGAGGCCGUCAAAUCCCAGCGCUGAAGUUCUUUUGGCAAGCCAUGAGUUUGACAAAUACAUUUUCUGUCGUCACAGCGGAUUCUAAAGCUGCACUGACUCUGCUAAGACCUCAAACACAAUAUUCAUCAGCUGUAGCAUCGAACGAUUUGUUUAGGGAUCGUGAAUGGCGGACAAUUCUUUUGUUUCUUGAACUCUAUACCUUCGUUCUCAGAUUUACGGAUGACGAAGAGUUCCUGAGUGGGAACAACCUGAAUUUGGGCCAGAUGGACGCCCCAAAUUCUCGGAUUCGCAAAAGCGCUCUUCCAAUCGAAGACGUCAAACACCUUACCAUAUUCUUGAAGAACUUGGCUUUCACCACCUAUUAUAACGCUGCGGAACUUUCUGGCGAUGUUCAGCCAGCAGGGGAAAGUGGUAUUGGAUCGUACUUUGCUACGAGUGUUGUUAAUUCGUCGAGAUUUGAGUCCGAGUCGUCCACGAUCGCCAAAGCUGUUUCAAAUCGACCCUUCGCCGGCAUCGCGGGCAUGACUUUUGAGUAUGUCAGAACAAUUGUGACAGGUGUCAUGCGCAUGCUCUACGAACGAGACUCCCGACGGAGAUUUCUGCCGAAAGAUCACUGGCUCAUGACAUCCCGAUUUGACAUGGAGGGAUUCAUUCCAGCGGUAGUUGCAGAAGAGGAGAGACAACACCAGAUUGGGGAAGAAGGUGAGGAUGAAGACACCGGUAAUGAUCCUCUCUUUGACAUGAGAGGCAGCGGUCUAGUUGGCAUGGCAAGAGACCGACGUGCCCGUCAGAUCGAGAAUCUCAGGAGACAGCAACAGAAGGCAGCUCGUCAAAAAGUCCUCGCGGCAGUAGGGCCAAGACUAGAGGUUCUUCAGCACAUGCCCUUUGUCAUUCCGUUCGAGACUCGUGUUCAGAUCUUUCGCGAGUUCGUGUAUCGAGACCAAUUUCGUAGGCGAGGCGGCAACGUUGAUCCUGACAUUUGGCGCAUGUCCAUCAUACAAGCUCAUGGAGCUCCGCGAACUCAAGGGCCUCAUAGACCCAACCGGACACCGGGCGAGGAACAACUAGGCCCACAUCAUGCGAAGAUCAGGAGAGACCAAGUCUUCGAAGAUGCCUAUGAACAAUUUUUUGAGCUUGGCGAAGGAUUGAAGGAGCCAAUUCAAAUUACCUUCGUCGAUCAAUUUGACACAGUCGAAGCGGGUAUCGAUGGCGGAGGCGUGACCAAAGAAUUUCUGACAAGCGUCACGAAUGAAGCAUUCCGAGCAGAGGAUGGACCUAAUCUGUUCAUCACAAACGAUCAGAAUCUACUUUAUCCAAAUCCGGCAGCUUUAGACGAACGACAAGAACUGUUGAAGCAAGCGGGCUUGAGAGAGUCGUCAACAGAGUGGCGAGAGAACAUCCAUGAGCUCUUAAGACACUACGAGUUCCUUGGCCGGAUAGUUGGAAAGUGUCUUUACGAGGGGAUUCUAGUUGAUAUUGGCUUUGCCGGCUUUUUCCUUCUCAAGUGGGCGGCGGCCGGUGCCACUGGAGCCGAGUCAGGCUAUCGUCCCAACAUCAAUGAUCUCAGGGACCUUGACGAAGGACUAUAUCAAGGUCUGUUGAAACUGAAGAACUAUUCCGGCAACGUUGAAGACUUCUCUCUUGACUUCACAAUCACCGACACAAUAUCACUGCCAGGAGCACCAACCCAGACCAUCGAGAGAGAUCUCAUGCCUAAUGGUUCGAAGACCGCCGUCACCAAUGAGAACCGACUCCUGUAUGUGUCGUGCGUGGCACGACAUCGCUUGCAGAAACAGCCUUACCGCCAGACUCAAGCCUUUCUUAAGGGACUUAGCGAAAUUAUCAACCCGUCUUGGCUGUCCAUGUUUAAUCAGUCUGAGUUGCAGACAUUGAUCGGUGGCGAUUCUUCUGAGAUUGACGUUGCAGACCUGAGACGCAACACUCUCUAUGGUGGUGUAUAUGUCAUUGGUGACGAUGGCCAAGAGCAUCCAACUGUUAAGCUGUUCUGGAAGGUGAUGAAAGCGCUCGACGACUCGGACCGUAGGAAGGUUCUGAAAUACGUUACAUCAACUCCUCGAGCACCUCUUCUCGGCUUCUCCCAAUUGAAUCCUCGAUUCAGUAUUCGAGAUGCUGGCAGUGAUGAAACACGCUUACCUAGCACGAGUACAUGUGUGAACUUGUUAAAGCUUCCGAGAUACUCCACGGAGGAUAUCUUACGACAAAAAUUGCUAUAUGCGGUGAACUCGGGAGCAGGAUUUGACCUUAGUUAAUGGGGUCAUGAGAGGGCGUAUGCAGCGUGCAUUCUAGGCGUUUUAAGAGACUUGGUUGGAAGCGUCUGGUUGGCGGCUAUGAUGAUCACGAUAGAACACGUUGAUGUAACGAUAAAUAGAGAAAUGGCCCAAAUCAAGUAUGCGCUGGUAUCAUGACAGUCUCU